CAGUCGGUCGACCGGUCCACUCCUAUGACUUCGUCAAUUGGAUUUCUGUGGACGAGUACACUUCCAUAAGCAUACCCGGAAGUAUCUACGAUACACAAAGGAGGAAAAGAGGGGGGACGAAAGAGAAAAUGAGCCGACUACUCCUCCGCUCUCUGCGGGAGCUGGGCGCGACCACCACAAGGCUUCCGCCUACCUUUCUCCUCCCCAUACACGCGAGGGGCCUCGCGACAACGACUCCGACGACGCCACCGACCGGAAGCUCAGCGCAGACUGGUGCCCCGCCUAUAGCGUCCUCAGAGCCUGCUCAGCCGCCUUCGCCCUCGCCAUCUCCUCCAUUGUCGCGACUGCCGACGGCGCCCACGGCGCCGGCAAAAACCGGGGCGACAUCGACCUCGGUAGCGGAGAUGUACCCGUUACUGUUCGCGCAGCCGCGACACUACAUCACGGUGCUGAUCCACGGGCGGCCGUACCUCGUGACGGAGGGAGACAGCAUCCGCCUGCCGUUCCUGAUGCCGGACGUGCUGCCGGGCGACGUGCUGCGGCUGGACCGGGCGUCGACGCUGGGCUCGCGCGACUUCACGCUGCUCGGCGCCCCGCACAUCGACCCCUCGCUGUUCGAGUGCCGCGCCGUCGUCCUCGGCGUCGAGACCGAGCCCCUGCGCAUCAAGUUCAAGACGAAGCGCCGGCAGCGCCACGUCCAGCGCGUCAAGAGCAAGCACCGCUUCACCAUCCUCAGGAUCAGCGAACUGAAGCUGCUGCCGCCUCCCUAGGGGCCUACAAGCGGUAGCGGCGGGGCACAGAGAAGGUGGGGUGGAGAUGAGUGCCCGAACUCUCUUGGUUGCAGACUCGAACCCUCCUGUUAGGGUUGGCCAGGCCGUGCAUGGUAGAAGAAUGGACACUCGUAAUAUCUGGGGUCAGAGGGGUCACAGGUAUUCGAUCUCUUCUAAAUGUUAAGUCAACUCGUGGCGACAGAAAGGUGCUGCGUUAGGAGAUAGAGCGUCAGGACAGCCGAGGCAUAUGUGUAUACUCAUGGCAUGCUAACGAUAAUUGUACAUACGAUGGGCAAGCGAGUCACAUAAAAGCCGGGUUAGGACGAGGAAGAGUACGCGCGAAGCUAAGAGCGUAUACAGAAGAAGAAAAGCUCCAAACAACUGUACUAUACAUCGCCAAUUCGGCGGGUUUUAUGUCCGCUUCGUUAUUGUCACGGCCAUGAUCGUAAUUUUGUACAUCGUAGGCAUUCGGAACCUUAGCUAUUGAGGAGACAGGUAUCUUCGAGCGAAGAGCAAGAACGACAGUAGGGUAUUUCAAAGCAUCAAGAAUAAAGUAACAAGGUCACCCCCUUUCCCUCCCUCCUUUUUGGUU